UCUGCAGCAUUCCUCCACACUUGGGCGCAGCCUCACAAGGAAAGGAGUUAUUCCUUCUGUCCGAGGACAUCAGCUGCGGAACCCUAGAAGAAACGAUGGAAGGACUGAUGAGAUUCAUACCAGGUCUUGAAAUUCCUAAUUGUCUCGAGGACUUACAGUACUCUUUCAAUCAGCGUGGAGAGCUGAGGCAUUUGGUUACCAAGGAACCGUUUGUCUACAAUUACUACAAAAAUGAACACGAUAGAAAUCACAAACGCUACAAAAUUCUUGGCGAUAUGAUUACACUUCAUGUAUAUGAGCUACUUGAGAAAGAAUGCAAUCUUGAACAAAUUACCAUUCCUAUUGAUGCCAGCGACGAAGAACCAAAGUCCUUCUUUUUCAUGAGUAAGCAACCGCUAAGUAAGCAGACAAACCUGGUCAUUCUGCUUCAAGAUAGUGGGGUAAUCCGAGCUGGACAAUGGAGCCAAAAAGUGAUAGUCCAUCACUCUCUGGACAGAGGAACCCAGAUCCCAUACAUUACCUCUGUCUUAAGGGACAAUAGCUCUGUAAUUGUCCUAAACCCCAAUGACAAUUGUGUGGAGAUGAAAGAAGAGCCCCAAGCUCUGUUGAAGAAAGAAGAUGAGGCCAGCUCACUUGAAACCAGGCAUGCAUCUGGCUUAUUUAGAACUGAUGAGGAACUCAUUCUUCCCAAAAGAUGUAGCAGCUCCCCAGAAGAACACACCAGCUAUGUCUGGGAGCACUUUAUUUCGAAGAGUGCAGCUAGGAAUGUGUCCUUUAUUGCACACGGGUACGGUGGCUUAGUGUUUAUGGAUUUGCUUUGUAAGAAAAGCCAAGAGGUCAUGAGUAAAGUAAGUGCGGUGGCAUUCAUAGAUUCAAGGCAUCAUGCUCUUCAUCAGGCAAGAACUGACCCAGAAAUACAGACUUGGAUACACUUGCAUUGCAGAAGCUGGGUAUUAAGUAGCAAACCUUUAGACAGACCUAGUGGCCCCUUAAGAAAACAGGACUGCAGCAAGGUAUCAGCUGGAACGGAAAAACAUGAACUCGCACCUUCUUUUGCUCUUCAAUCUAUUUUACGAUUUCUUAGUAGAUCUUCAAAGAGUCGUCGAAAUUCAGUUCCACCUAUACGCACAAUGCUAACUAGAAGUUCUACAAGGAAGUCUGUGUGAAAAGCACAUCUAGAAAAAAAUGUACAAAAAGCAUAAAAAAUACAUUUCAGUGUGUGCCUAAAACACAGCAUGUUGUGAACUACAGUACUCCAAAAAAGGCAUUGUCAUUUACGUAUUCAGUUUACAAUUUUGUCUUCUCUAUGAUGGAUUCGUAUUAAGGCUAGGGCUACAUGGCGAUCUUGGGCGUGAUAGGUGUUGCACAGCCAAGGAUCGCAGUUGUAGCACUGUAGCCAUAGAAAUGAAUGGGGUCGCAGCCCAACUUUCAUGUUUGCCACGACCGCAGAUUUGCAGAAAAUCCAUCAGGGUUGUUUUUUUUUGCGAUUCUGGGGUCAUGGUUGUGGCAAGCACAUGAGUCGUGCUGCGGCCCCAUUAAUUUCUAUGGCUGCAGUUCCAUACUGUGGUCCUUGGCUGUGCAACACCUGUCACGCCCAAGAUGGCCGUGUACCCCAGCCUAAAGGUUCCUUUACAUGGGACGACGAUCUAGCAGAUUGUCGGGAAACGUUCAUUCCCAAGAAUCUGCUGAUCGCUAGCGGAGGAGACCGCUGUAUUUACAUGCACAGAUCUCCUC